AUGAAUAAUCAAGUAGAUAAAAAUCACCUUCAUUCUAAUUUCUGGUAAAGAGUAGAAGAAGAAUAACUUGGUGUUUCAUUUAAGGCUUCAUGGUUAAACAAAAUUACUGAGGAUGCUGAAAUUCAAUAUGUGAAGGAAUUUAAAGUAUUUACUAAUUCGUCAUCUAGAAAAAAACUGCUAAAGAUAAAUUUAAACAUAUUCUUCAAGUUCCUUUGAUUGUAACCGAUAAACAAUUUUUACGUAGACGUAAAACCUUUUAGACUUAUACUAAAAAUGCAACAUUAGAUUUAUAUUAUCUAUAAUUAAAAAAAGCUAAAGGUUUAGGAAAAACCAUUUCAGAAAAAGCUGAUUAUAAUCAAGUGAUCUAACAAACAAAGAACAAUCGAUUAUAAAAUGAGUAUUUUAAUACAUUCAAAAAGAAUUAAGGAGUUAUGUUUAUAUAUUUUAUCAUAUCUUUUAGGUAUGACAAUACAUUAUGGUCAGACAGAUAUUAUAAUGGAAUAAUAUAGCAAUCAAGACUUGCAAACUUAUAAAAGGUUUUACAACGUAACAAAUUUAAAGGUAGAGAAGAACUACUUGCUUAAUUUGAGCAGUUUUUUGCUAGUAAAUAAUUGGUACCUACUGCAAGAAAGUCUGUACCUGAACUAAUAAAGGAAGUCUCUAAUGCUUUUGGAGAAGUCCUACCUAAAACAGAAGAUUAAGACGAAAAGCAAGUUCAUUAAUAUUUUUAAUAAAGGAAGUUCAUGUGAGAGAAAAGUCUAUAGAUACAUAAAGAAAUGAUGCAAUUCUUAAUUUAAAUACUCAUCCUUGUACUUAAUAGGCCACUCUUAGAACUAAUACAGAACCUAGACCAUAAACUCAUCAUAAUUAUCAUUCUUAAUACAGUAAACUGAGUUUUGAUUUCAUGGAUUCAAAUACUAGAUGUUCUACUCAUUAAGUAAAACAAAGAAAAUUUAAGUAAAAUGCUGUCACUAGAAUCAAACACAUUCUUACUUAAGCUGAUGUUUAACUUGAAAAUAAACAAGUAUUUAAGUAAUUCAUUUUCUAAUACUUUUCUAGAUAAUUGCAUGAAUUCUAAGAACUAGAAAACAAUUAAGCUACUCAUCGAUCUGAAGUAAUCAAAGCCAAAGUCUAAAGGGAAUAAUUAAUAAGUGCUUUUUCAAAUAGAAAUAAUGUAGAUGUCAGAAAGAAAUUUGAAAAAAAGAAAGUAUAUACAGAAAUUAUUUGA